AUGGGGGAUUUUAACGCUCAUCAUAGUUAUUGGAGAGAUAGCCGUAAUUUGGUGAUGGGAAAUAGAAUAGUCGAUGCAAUGGAGUCUUCUAGAGUCCAAGUUUUGAAUACGGACAGCCAGACGCUUUUAUCUUGUGAUUGGAAUGUAGGGGACGACCCAUGGGGUAGUGACCACUAUCCCAUAUUUAUUGAAUUGAGUGUUAAAACAGGAAAAAGGGAUGAAGUGAAAGAUAGAACUCGUCUGUAUACCCUCAACACUGAUUGGAAGGGCCUUAAUCCAAGACGUAAAAGUAACCCUACAUGUGUGUGGUGGAAUGAAGAAUGUAGUAGACUCAUAAGACUCAGGAAAGCUGCCUUGCUUAAGUUCAAAUUCGAUAGUAGUGCGAGUAACUUCAUUACUUAUAAAAAGGCGGAAGCCAAUGUUAAAAGUGGACUCAAAAGAAUCAGACGAGAAAGUUUUAGGAAUUUUUGUUCAGGUUUAACUAGGUUUACCAAUCCGUCGUAUAUUUGGAAGAGAAUCAAGUGCUUUCAGAAUAAACAGACUUCAUCAACGAGGAAGAAGGAAGGUAAGCCAGAAGUUCUUGAUAGAGUUCGACAAGCUAUUUCUUCGUUGUGCCCUCCGUGGGCUUCAACCUCAAUCCCGCAGCUUCAAGACUAUGGUGAUGAAUUUUUGGAUCUUCCUUUUUUGAUGGAGGAAUUAGAGUAUGCGUUGGCUUUCGUUCGAGUCAGAGCUAGCCCAGGUAUUGAUAAAAUAGACUACAGAAUUCUUCGAGAACUCCCAAUGAUAGCUAAGCAGGAAUUAUUACGUCUCUUCAAUGAGAUUUUUUCAACUGGAAGUUUUCCGGAUGAAUGGAGGAGAUAUCGUAUUUUUUUUAUUUCAAAAGGCGACGGUAAAGGAGUGAGACCAAUCUCACUAGCUUCUUGUGUUCUUAAGGUGCUAGAGCGUAUGAUAAACAACAGACUGAGCUGGUGGUUAGAAUACAAUGAUCUUUUGCCUUCUUCUCAAUUUGGUUUUCGAAGGGGGAAGUCAUGUAUUGAUAAUUUAGCGAUACUUACCUCUGAAAUUCUUUCGGCAUUUGAAGAUACCGAGUCGGUAGUAGCGGCUUUUAUUGAUAUAAAGAGUGCUUACGAUAAUGUGUUGGCAGAUGUCCUCAUUGAGGGACUCCAGGAUAUUGGCAUUCCAAGGCUUACUUUACAAUUUAUCUACAAUCUAGUUGCAGCUAGACAUUUAGAAUUUAACUUUGAAGACAUAAAUGAAUCUUUCAAAUCAGUUCCAAGAGCGAUCAGAAUUCUGGAAGAGGCUAUUUCAGUAGGAAAUAGUUUUUUAAAGGCUAGUGGGCUGGAAAUUGCUCCCGAUAAAAGCAAAUUGGUUGUUUUUGAAAAGGAGGGACUCAGGUAUAACUGGUCCCUUCAAAUUGGUGAUAAAAGCAUAGUUUCUUCUUGUACGGUCAAGUUCUUGGGAGUGAUAUUGGAGGAGUCUUUAAGUUGGAUCCCCCAGAUAGAGGCAAUAUGUUCUGAAUGUCAGAAUCCGCUGGCAAUAAUCAGUUGUUUAAGGGGUACUUGGUGGGGUGCCGACCCUGUGGUGCUAAUGAGAUUAUAUAGAGCUUUAAUUAGAGCUAGGAUAGAGUAUACUGCUUUCUUGAUGUGUAAUGUACCAGAUAAAUAUAUGGAAAAAUUGAAUAGAGUUCAAUACAAAGCCAUAAGACUGGCUUUCGGUUACAGAGCAUCCACUCGGGUAAAUGUUAUGUUAGCAGAAGCUCAAGAACCACCUCUUGAGUGCAGGUUCAGAUAUUUAGGUAGAAAUUAUAUUUCUAGAGUGUUUACUAGUAGCAGUCACCAGCUUGUACCGAUUCUCGAGGGGUUGUUGUCUUCCUGGGAGAGGGUAACAGUUGUACGCCGUAACAAGAUGCCAACAAUUAUAGAGUGCUAUCAAGAUAUAGACAAAGUUGGGCACUUACUGGAAGCCUCUAAAAUUUCUUUAUGUUUUAAGUAUGAGUAUCAAGCACUCUGGUUUGAUCCUGCAGUCUCAUUUGAAGAAGGGUAUAGAAUCAAAGAGUCUAAAGAUAAGAACCGUGAAUUUGAUAAGAUAUUUAGAGAUCUGUUGGAAGAAGCAGAGUGGUUUUUUACUGAUGGGUCAAAGAUGGAGGGCAAACCUUUUGUAGGGUUUGCAGUAGUAAGAGGGAAUGAUGGGACAACGUUUAAAUGGCGUACCACGACGUUCGCAUCAAUUUAUUCAGCAGAAGCUUUAGCCAUCAUAGAAACGUUGAUGCUAAUAUCUCAGUCUGAAAGGACAAAAUUUGCUAUCUUUGCAGACGCUCGGAGUGUUUUGCAGGCUAUUAAAAUGAAGCCAAAGAUAAAUACAGGGUCAGGGCAGAGUGGACGUAGUCCGAGCCCAUAUUUUUCUUCAAUACAAAGCUUUUGGAACAAAUGGUCCACAGAAUAUCUUCAAAGAUACCUAACCACUUACAAAUGGAGAAGAGAAUCCAACUCUAUCCAAGAAGGAAGUAUUGUGUUGAUCACCGACGAACGGUACCCUCCACCUAAGUGGCCAUUAGGACGAGUUAAAAAACUCUACCAAGGAUCUGACGGAGUUGCACGAGUAGCGACAGUGAAAACCAGCACGUCAACAUUUACAAAACCUAUUGUUAAACUUUGCCCACUUAACAUAACUUCGGAAUCAUGGUCGUCGCCGGUGUCAACGAAGGCAGGCGGGAAUGUUAAAAAAUAA